CCUGAAAAAUAGACCCGUAUUUACAGUGUCGGCUCGGUAAAAUGACACUUUUCUUUAAAUAAACUUUCCACGAAUUCGCACAUGCGCGCAUCACUUCAAACAACAAUAAAGGAGUCACAAUUUUUCAGAACAAUUUACAAAAGCCAGGGCACCCCGAUUGGUUGGUUGUAUAAGUUCACUCAAAGCACAGAGACAUGUCGGCAGCUCGAAGGCAAAUUCCCGGGGUAUAUGGAUGGGACAAUAACGGGCUUGAAUCUGACAACCAUGGGCAUUUUGGAAGAGAACAAGAUAUUGAAAUGAGAAACACUGGGCAGAGUGACGUCAUAACCGAACCCCCAUCAGCAGACAAGCCGGUCAUAGAAGGAAAACCUGGGACAAGAAAAUGGUAUGCAAACAUACAUAGGUUCAAUGCCGAACAUUUGCGACAGAAGAAAGAGAAGAAAAAGAGUGAGAGAAAGCCCAAGACGAAAAAGAGGCUCUGUUGGGACGUGUUUGUUCGUAUCCUAUCUAUUGGUUUUACAGUCUGGGAUUUAUACGCAGACUGGAGUUUCUAUGUGGAGCCGAAGAGUGAUGAAUGCAAAAGUUCCGAAGACGCGUGGCUCGGCCUAACAAUACUGGCCUCCGUUCUUGCCUGCUUGCAACUUUUGCACUUUAUAAACGAUACUGUCAUAGACAUACGUCAAAUCAGGUCUAAUAGCAUGGACGUUAAAGGGAUAUUCGGCAAAUUCAGGCUGAAAAAACCCUUUGAGAUAUUGACACUGUUCCUUUCGAAAAUACCGCAAGGAAUUUUACCGUUAGUAUUUCAUUGCUUCUGCAGUGGGGAACCGGAUGGAGUCGACACAAUUAAACUGCUGACUAAGUUGGCAAAAUCAUCAGCAGUCACCGAUUUUUUCUCCGUAUUUGUUCGAAGCCUAGAGACUGAUGCUGGGAUUUGGUUUAAUUGCAACCCCUGCUGUAGAAAACCAUACUAUAAAAUAGAGAAUAGCGGUUGCUAUCGCAUGGUAACAAUAAGAAAGACGGGUGAAGUUGUAUUUUGUCAGUGUUGCUAUAUUUGCUGCCUAUAUGAAAUGAUCCCAAACCACGGAUGCUACUGUUCCACAUGCUUCGUCAAAUGUGAAGACCGCUGCACAUGCGAAAGAGAUUGGUGCAAACGCACUGCGCCUACCGACUGGAACUGGUGGGAGACGUUGGUUUCUUGGAUAAACCGUUUUUUGUACUUGGGGAGUUUGGCCAUUGUUACUCUGCGUGUCCUUGUUGAUUUGAGUUCUUUUACUUGUUCAAAGUAAUUUUAGAUUGACACUCGCCAACAGUGUAUCAGAAAUCAUGACUCAA